AUGAUUGUAUUCUAUUUAAUUCCCAGUGGUGAAAAAUUUAAUUUUAACAUGAAGUUGUUAUUUGAGGAGUUCAUUAACUGGAAAGAUUCAAUUUCAUCAAAUGAUCAAGAGACACAGGCACAGGCAUGUCAGGAGAAUGGAAAAAUUGAUGUUGAUUUCCAGCUUAAUAAUAAUGGCCUUGGACAUGAAGCACUGCAGGUUUUAAACAUCGAAAAUGGUGAUGAAGAAAUAUAUCCUGGUGCUCUUAUAACAAAGUCUCAAAGUGUUCUCCUGCUCGUCGCAUUUUUAUUAAAGAACAAUUUAACAGAUGCAGCUUUGACUGAUCUACUCGACAUUUUGAGUUUGAUUUUGCCGAGCACGUUUCCAUCCAGCAAGUAUAAGUUCUACAAAGCAAUUCAAGUGGAGGAAUCUCAGGCUCAUUUUUAUUGCGAGUCAUGUUUGUCGUACAUUGGAACAAGCGCAGAAAGCACAAAGUGUGAUGAAUGUGAUACACCUUUCAAUCGCGAAAACAGCAUGAAGAACGGCACCUUUUUUCUUCAUAUUCCACUAAAAGAACAACUUAAGCAGCUCCUGUCUGAUCCCAUUCUUUAUGAAUAUUUAACCAACAGGAAUUUGGAAGUUUUGACUGAAUCAACUGUUAUAUCAGACGUAACUACGGGUAAACUAUAUAAGAGCCUGAUAAGGGAUAAAGCUAUGGCGAAAAAUGACAUUUCUUUAACUUGGAAUGCAGAUGGCAUUCCUGUUUUUAAGUCAUCACAAUACUCUAUUUGGCCUAUCCAAUGUAUGAUAAACGAGCUACCUCCUCACCUUCGUUCCAAGAAUAUUCUACUUACAGGUUUGUGGUUUGGUGCGACAAAACCACAGAUGAACACUUUUCUUGAAGCAUUUGUGAACGAAUGCCAUGAUUUGGAAAAAAAGGGAUUUCUUUUACGUGAAGAAAUUAUACCUCGCAAAGUUUUCGCAUUAGUAUGUUCCAGCGACAGCCCAGCUCGUGCAAUGUUGAGAAACUGCAAGCAGUUUAAUGGUAAGUACGGGUGCGAUUGGUGUGAACAUGAAGGUGUGUCUGUUCUCCGUAAUAGAGGUCCCCAACUCGUUACUAUCCACAGCGUGGUCAUCAAAGCUCAAGAACGUCACAGAAUCAAGCAGAAUAUGCUUUCGAAGCUGAAAUGA